GAUCUUAUUGACCUCCCCUUCGAUCUCAUCCCGUCUCCAUCGCCUGCUAGCCUUCGUCCCGCCUGCAAAACCCUCAACUAGGUCGCCGCAGCAUAAGGCUCGUCUGGAAUCGCUUAGAGAUGAAGCGGGUCUUUGGCGCCAAGAAGAACAAGGAGCCGCCGCCGACGAUCCAGGACGCGACCGAUAGGAUAAAUAAAAGGGGGGAAACUGUUGAUGAGAAAAUCAAGAAACUUGAUGCUGAAUUAGCUAGAUAUAAGGAGCAGAUAAAGAAGACACGACCAGGUCCGGCUCAAGAAGCUGUUAAAGCUCGAGCAAUGAGGGUUCUUAAGCAAAAGAGGAUGUAUGAGGGACAGCGCGAUAUGAUGUAUAACCAGACAUUCAACCUUGAUCAAGUUGCCUUUGCUACUGAGGGAAUUAAAGAUGCUCAACAGACUAUGUCAGCGUUGAAGUCAGCUAACAAGGAGUUGAAAGGGAUGAUGAAAACUGUGAAUAUCUCAGGCAUAGAUAGUUUACAGGACGAGAUGAUGGAUAUGAUGGACAUGAGUACAGAAAUCCAAGAAUCUCUUGGGAGAAGCUACAAUGUCCCUGAUGACAUUGAUGAGGAAGAACUCUUGGGUGAGCUAGAUGCUCUGGAAUCUGACAUGGGAGCAGAGACAGAAUCCGAUGCAAUUCCAUCUUAUCUUCAACCAGACAAGGAACCCGAUCUGUAUGCAGAACUCAACUUUCCUGCAGCUCCAACAGGCAAUUCUGCAGUGCCCAACAGAGUGACGCCCCAGACGGAGGAUGAACUAGGCUUAUCUACUGUGCCUCAAGCAUCGAUACGCAGUUAAAGAGCAGCGGUCUGGGAAUGCAAUGCCUCAAGUUCAUAACAAUGGCAAUGUCCUCCAUAUUGGUGACAACACUACUCCGUAUUUGAGUGAUGCGUUAUAGUUAAGAACAUGAUGAUCGUUUCAGGCAUAUGAUUCAUGAUUGGUUGAAGGACUGGGUGGGUGUCUAUAGGUUUCUGUGGAACAAACAUUUUGUGUCCAAAUAUGAUGUCUUUUUUUUUCUUUUGAUAAACAAAGUAUAACAGCCUCUGUAUGAAUCAUUGCUCCAAAAA